AAAAACAGCUGCAGAGGCUCAAAAAUCAGUUUGUUUGUCUCUUUCUGCUGAUGGAUGAGUUUUCGGGGAUUUGCGUUUAGAUAAGACCUUUUGUAAAUAAGAAUUAAACUCUAGUGUUGGAAGUAUGUGGGGUUUCGGUAAUAAUGGUUCAUCAUAAUAAUGGUACCGGUAGUGCCGAUUUAUGGCUGGAAAUAGGAGCAAAAUUUUCCGUCCUUGCCUCCGUGCUGGUGAUUAUCUAUUUUUUUGUCGCUACAACAUAUCGGAUUGCAAGGCUGCCGAACGGCAUUUGGCCAUUUUUCUAUGUGCACCGUCGACAAGAGCUUCACCAAACGCCGACCCCCCUCCCAUUCACUUUUCAACUCGUAGACUCUUCGACAAAGGAGGUGAACAAAUUUACAUUCCGUCUCAGCAUGAUAAGAUCUGAGCAAGACAAGCCAGAGACUAUACAAUGUUUGUGGGGAGUGGACGCAAGAUAUUUGUUUGGACUGGUGAGAUCAGCGUCAUGGGAAAAUGUGGAAGAACCGAUGGACGAGGACAAAGUGAUGAUUGUCGAUACAAUUAGGGUUGAAAGGAAAAUUGAAUCUGAAGAUGAAGUGAAGGUAACCGUGACCGCACCUGCAAGAAUGGAAUGGAACAAACUAAAUGGGCAGUACAAGUAUCCCUUGGCUAUAUUCCUAUCUCUCAAGCAGGGACGCCCAGAGAAUCUCAGCCCCACAGCAAUUGUUGGAAUUUGCGUCGUCCUUCAUGUGAAGCAUGAACUCAUUCCGCGUAACACAGCAAUUUUAGCUCAAUAUAUUAAACUCGCUAAUGGACAAAGCCAUAAGCUGCAACCUCUGUAUGUCGAGGAUGUUGGUGAGGUGGAGGUCGAAGAACAAUUAGUUUCUUCACCGUCGUCUGCAGAUAAUGAAGCGGCGACGUCGACACAACAGCCAUUUAGUUCCGUAAUGUGCUCAGCAUGCCAGACUUUUCCAGUGUCCAGGGCAAUUGUACCUUGUGGACAUGUUUGUUUGUGUGCCAAUUGUUUUGGGAAAGUUGUCAAUUGCCCAAUGUGCAGGGGGCCAAUAACUUACUUUUUUAAAACAAGGAAUGAGAGCUAUCUUCAUGAGCAUGACCAUCAAGACUAAAUAAAAAUAAUGUUCAAGCAUUUAUACUUAGGAUUAUAUAGUAAGGUUUAAAGGACAUGGUUGUCAAAUGUGACACUAGUUUAGAUACUUAUUACAACGUUGAGAUGACUCAUUUUUUAGUACAUAUUUACUUUGUUUGUUUGUAGUUACAACCCGGUGGCCGAUUUUGGUUAAAGUUUCAAUUAAAAUGUGACAUUUGAUCAUUGUAUUUAUAAUGUGCCAUUAUUACUUGUACGGAUUUUUAUCAAAAAAUCGAAAAACGUUUCAUUAUUAGUUGUUAAACUUAUACUCGGCGACUUUGACAUAAUACUUUGUCUUGUUGUUCAGUCUUGCUUCAAGUAAGUCAAACCCAUUCAAACGCUGUUGGCCAAAGUUUUGAAAUUUAUCCUUAACCCAUAGUUCCUUCGGAAAUGUUUUGAUCUGUAUUGUUGACAAUUUUGAAAAGGUUAACAUUCUCUUUGUGUUGCAUAUGCAUUUGUUAUAUAGCUUAUAUUCUCCACACCUUUCUGUACAUUUUUUUCGCUCGACGCAUCAUGGCGAAUGUCAUGUGUGGGGUGUAGUUUCUUAGGCCGUCUGGAUGAAAUCCAGCUUUUUUUAGUUCGGUUUUUAUUAGCUCUGACAAUUUUUUCACUCGCUCCAAAUCUUCUUUCCCAUCAAUUUUUGCGAAUAAGACCUUAUAUCAAGUAUUUUAAUUAACCUAAUGAUGCAAAUGCUUGUAAAGUAUACUAAUAUCAUCAUCACGACAUGCAAUUUAGUCACCUUAUCGCCCCAAUGAUGAAUCCCCUUAAAGCGUACGUCCAGUGGAUUCUUCACAAACUCAUCUUUGACUUUAUCUCGCACUAUUCGCAAAAGCGUUUUAGCACUGUCAGGAAAAAAAAUUAGAUUUGAAAUUAGUCAUCCAUAUUAUUCGGUUCGGAUUAGAAUCAUUAUGUUAAAAAUAAAAUUAUGCGUUAAUAUGUAUUAUUAUAUAUACGUUUCAACAUCCUCAUCCUUGAGAUGAUUUAGAAUAUAUAGUGUGACAUGUAACUGCUCUACUGGGAGAAAUGUUUGUUGGAAAUCAUGACCAGAUUUUAUAUUUCGUAUAGUCGUGACUGGUCUGCUCAUAAUUUUUUUCUGUACUUUUAAUACAUUUUCGGAUAUCUGAAAUAUUCAAUGAGUCAACUAUGGUUAGGAUCAUGGUAAGAUUUUCAGUACUCAAUAAGCUUUAUGUAUAUAAAUAUGUAUAAGCAAACCUCAGGGUCUGAAACCUGGAAUGCCACAAAAUACUGGGCAUGUGGAUCAAUACCUCGAUCGACACGUGAAAGUGGAGGUCCCAUCGUUAGAAUCUCUACUCGGAAAGAACUACCUAUUGAAGUUCCAUACUUGAUAGUUAAAAUUUACACAAAAAGACAAAAGAAGUAUUUGUAAACGCAUUUUUGACCCUUCUGGUGUACCCAUAAUUAUUUAUAGAAUAAGAAAAUAUCUGACAAUUGCUAUGGAUUAAUCGUACUUAUGUGCGUAAGUGUCUAGACUUUUAUCAAUAAGUUAUGUUUUGAAUAAAAAUACUGAAUUUGUUUUUUCACUUAUA